AUGUUGAAAGAGUUCGUGGAAUCUAAGAUAAAGGAUAAGUCUCCUUCUCUUUCUGAUCUUAGAUCUGUUGCGUUAUGCCUUAUUGGUUACGAUGGAUUUUUUUGCUUUAGCGAGUAAUGUCAUAUAAAAGCCUGUGAUGUUAGGUUUUUCCCAUCUUAUGUGUCCAUUUUCCUAGAAUCUUCGAAGUGUAACCAGUUCCGUGACGGGGCGUGGAUCGUUAUCGCGAGGACAGACUUGCCAACUUGUCCAGUCAAGGCCUUGGAGGACUACAUCUCGGAGGCUCAAAUCAAUCUCUCCGAGGAUUUACCGCCGUUCAGAGCCCUCGCUACUCCUCGGUCAAAAGAAAAAGUACGAAGCCAAGGGAUUUGCCAAACAAGUGCUAGGGAA